AUGUCGGGUUCAGAUCGAACAGUUUCACUGUUUCAGCAGCUGCUCUCGUUGGAUCAUGACACUGUGAUCAACAAAGGGAAAGAGAGUUUGUCUAGGAAACGUAAACUGAUUCAGCAGGCGCUGGAACAGUCUUAUAAGAUUGUUCUUGGAGGUGCUGAUGAAGAGUUUGGUCGGUGUUUGGCUGUAAACGCAGACGAGAUUGCAGAGCUUAGAAGCGAGCUAGGGAAUCAAUUGGCGGAGAAGAGCAAGAAUCUGGAACUCAGAGGUCUUGGAGCUGUAGUUUACAGAGUCCCCGAGCUUGGGGAUGAGACUAAACUGAAGAUAAGCUUGAGGAGUGUGGAAGAAGAAGACACAACAGUGGCUUCACAGAGAUUCGGAGGUGUUGGUCAUAAAAACGCAAGCUCAUUCCUGUUAAGCUCAGUGGAGUUAGAGCAAUGUAAGGUGAAAAGAAACUCUGCUUCUAAUACAUUACAACACAACUAG